AUGGCUACCUAUGCCAACAACACCAACAAGCUCUCUCUUGCAAUGCCUACAACUUAUCAACAUUGGUGUGAAGAUAUACAAACUGACAUAUUGGUUCAAGUUGGCCAAUCAAAGUUCCCUCUUCACAAGAUCAUGUUAGUAGCAAAGAGUAACUACAUAAAAAGAUUAAUUCUAGAAUCAGAAGAACAUGAUUUUGGAAUGCUUGAUUUGUCCAAUGUACCUGGAGGUGCAGAUAUAUUUGACAAAUUAGCAAGGUUUUGCUAUGGUGUUAAGGUUGAUAUUACUGUAAAUAAUGUAGCAGCUCUGCACUGUGCUGCAAAGUACCUUGAAAUGACUGAAGAGUGCUGUGAACACAACCUUGUUAGCCACACACAUGGCUUCCUCACCCAAGUAGCCCUAACUAGCCUCACUGGAGCCAUUACUGUUCUGAAUUCGUGUGAAGGUCUUCUUCCUGUAGCACAACAGGUCAAUAUUGUGAACCAAUGUGUUGAAGCGGUUAGCGUCAAGGCUUGUGAAGAAGCAGAUUCCCCUAGUCUUUCACCCCCAAACUGGUGGGCAGAAGAACUAACAAACCUCAACAUAACCUUCUUCCAAAAAAUCAUCACUUCAAUGAAACCACACAACCCGAAUCCGCUUACAAUAGCUAGCGCGAUCCAAAUCUACGCCAAGAGAUCGUUACCAGACAUUAAAUCUCUGAUUUCCAAUAACUCCCUCACUUCCAAACACAAACAAAAAGAGAUUUUAAAUUCGAUCGUCGCUCUACUACCCGCUGAAACUCAAAUUCAACAGGCCAGUUUCCCAAUCAACUUCCUAUGUAGCCUCCUGCGACUCGCUAAUUUUCUUCAAAACAAUUACGAUUGCAAGAAGAAGCUCGAGAAACUGAUAUCGCCCUGCUUAGAGCAUGUGACGGUCGAUGAUCUGCUUAUAUUGUGUGAUGUGGAGAGUGUAAGAAGGAUGGUGAUCAGAUUCAUGGAGAGGGAGAAGAAUAAAUUAGUGAUGGUUCGGGUUGCCAAGACGGUUGAUGCGUAUCUUCAUGAGAUUUCAAAGGAUGCUGGAUUGAGCAUUUUGCAGUUCAAUGGAAUUGCUAGUUUGGUGCCAAAAAAUGUUAGGGAAGUUGAUGAUGAUCUGUACGGAGCCAUUGAUAUCUACCUUCAGAGUUUGCAGCGGAUAAACAUGGGUUCGGCACAUCAGUAG